GACGGAGGGGGCAGGUGGCGAGCAGCUGUAUCAAAUCGCGGUGUACGGAGUUUUGCAAAACCUACCUAAAUAAUGUUUAUAGUGUUGCUUACUUUUUAUACCCCAGCGUGCACUUCUUUACAUCUACCUACCGUUGUUUUGACCUUAGGUACCUACCUAAACACUUGCAAGAGCCGGAUUGGACAAUGCCCCCAAAGCAAUCUACAAGCGACGCUCGCGGUCGAGGCUCUUCUGGACCGGCCAAAGGUCGGGCUUCCGCCUCUUCUACUUCUGGUCCUUCCCGAGCGCGCAAGCAAGCCCAAGCCACCGCUUCAGACGCGAGCGACGCGGAUCCGUUUGCGGAGGACGAGCGGUCGCAGCAGCGACGAAGGGCGCAGGAUACGAUGGACCUCGACGAAGACGAAGCGGAAGAAGAAGAAGAGGAGAGGAAGACGAUACCACCGGAGCUGCUGACACAUGUGCUGCAUCAGUUCUUCGAGAAGGACGGCACGAGGGUCUCGAAGGAUGCGAAUGCGGCGAUUGCGAAGUACAUGGAUAUUUUCGUGCGGGAGGCGAUUGCGCGGACGGUCGUAGAGAAGGAGAAGGGGUUUCUUGAGGUCGAGGAUCUGGAGAAGAUCGCGCCGCAGUUACUGCUCGAUCUUUAAGGGCUGCGAGUAGGACAUUUUAUCCUGCUACGGACACACUUUUAGCAGUAUCUGCAUUGUAUUGAUUCGGUGCAGAUGAUCUGUGACGGGAUCAUGAUCAAUGACGAUGAAUAUGGUAUGGACCAGCAAGUAUGCUUGGAUGAACCAAUCCUCCGGAUCGAUCUACAAAGCCGCCGUCACAGAGAUCUUGGCGUUUCUUCUGCUAGCUAAGUUUCUCGUGCUAAUAGUAGUUCGCUGAGGACUCCGUUCUCGAAGCCUAAGGGAUUAGAAACACGCCGUACUGUCGAGACCAAGUAGGCGGCAUCAUCAUCCUCCACGGCUUAGGUCUUCAUUCUAUUCUACCCCUUCGAGGACAGUGCCGUCUAUCCAUUCUACAACCCUUUUGCUAAAGGGCAUGAUAUCAAGGACAGCUUUGCUAUGGACAUUGGGAGAUAGCUCGACUCGGGACCAGGCGAGAAGAUGUUAACUAGCUGAAUAUAGAUAUCUUUUCGCCGAGCUUCAACACUCGCAGGCAUUUAAAACAUCAAACCCGUGAAAUAAGGAAUCUCAAAACGGGAGCCACAAUUUGUUUCGAGUGCCUUACGCGGAAUCCAGGAACGCUUCACUGCAGUAAGAUCCAUUUCGCCAAUAUCCCAUCAGUUAU